GUGGAGUUUACAUGGCCGUCCAUUCCAACACUGAACAAACGAGCAUGUGACUGACUAGCAGGGUCUGCACCACAUGAUCUGGACCAGUGGAGGAAGCCUAAAUCAAUCAGUGGUCAUACCUUCAUCGCAGUGAUUUGCCACGAGCGGCCAUGUCGAACAAAACGUCUCUGCUGAAAGUCAUCCUCCUGGGCGACGGCGGCGUGGGAAAGAGCUCCAUCAUGAACCGCUACGUCACCAACAAGUUUGAUGCGCACCUUUUUCACACCAUCGGCGUGGAGUUCCUCAACAAGGACCUGGAGGUGGACGGCCACCAGGUCACCUUGCAGAUCUGGGACACCGCCGGCCAGGAGCGCUUUCGCAGCCUGAGGACUCCUUUUUACCGAGGCUCCGACUGCUGCUUGCUCACCUUCAGCGUCGACGACAACCAGAGCUUCCUCAAUUUGGGCAACUGGAAGAAGGAGUUCAUCUACUACGCGGACGUCAAGGAGCCGGAGAAGUUCCCUUUCGUCGUGCUGGGCAACAAACUAGAUGUUAGCGAGAGGCAGGUGUCUGCUGAGGAGGCCCGGCAGUGGUGCCAGGAGAACGGCGACCAUCCGUAUUACGAGACCAGCGCCAAGGACGCCACGAACGUAGCGGUGGCCUUCGAGGAGGCGGUGCGCAGGGUUUUAGCGAUGGACGAGCGAGCGGACCACCUCAUCCCCACGGACACGGUCAAGCUCCACAGAAAGCCUCGCUCGGCCACCACCUGCUGCUCAUAACAUCCAAGUGGCUGUGCGCAAUGUUAAAUAAUGCUGUUAAAGUGACAAGGCUGUAUUAACACCUUAUUGGAACUUCUAACACAUUUGAUUUGUUCUGUCAGGGUUUGCUUACAGAUGGGGUCUGUUUAAUCGGGGAAGCACGAAGUGUGUCUUAGUACAAAAGUACACCGAAUCCUUCACUCAGUUCAAAGGUCACAUUUUAAGAAUGAAUUAACUGCAUAUUAGCUUUGUGUGGGUACCUAAAAAAAACAUGCCAAUCUGUAGAUGAGUGCAAUUACGUGAAGAUUUUGUUAAUAUUUAGAUUGGCAUCUUUUUUUUUUUUUAGCGCUUAGGCAUGUUACUAACAAAUCAAUCGAUUUUUCACACUGCACAUGUUUUUUGCCUCGUGAAUUGAUUCUAGGUCCUCAAAGUACAGAUGCUCCCUAAUCCAUAUAAACAUUAAAACUGGAAACUUGUAUUAUGUUAUUUAAUCACUCGUACAAGAAAUUAAGAUUGGAGGACAACCGCCGACUGCCCGAAGGCAGCUGGGCUAGGCUCCAGCACGCCCGCGAAAAUGGAUGGACAGCAUGGGUGCAAUUCUGCCGAUUAUUUAAGAUUACCUUUGGAUUUUGGGUCAGUUGAUUUUGGGGGAUUGUCUUGGAUAUUGAGCUUAUUGUUUGUGGUUUUAACUUUACAGUUAGUUUUUUUUCCUAAAUGAAAUAAAAUGCUCAUGUGCAUUUCUUGUUCAUCAUCCAUAUGCCAACCAACAAAUAAAGCAUCUGAGAAUCU